CACUUACUGUACUUGGCCAUCCCCACGGGCCAGCUUGAACCUGAUUCUUUGGCUGUAACUGGGCUGGACUGGCAGCUCAAGUACCGUUAAAGUGGCUCUAGCCUCUAUCUCGUGUCCCCAGGCCCGGGUUUUAGAGAGACUUCAGUUCUCCGAUUCCAUUCCACUGAUUCCAUCUCCAUCUGCUACUCUCUCGCUUUGCCACGAUUCUCACUGGCAGUUCACGACAGACACGAGGCACUUACUCGUCCUGUUCUUUUGCUGGACUAUAUACACAGCCACCUUCUCUAUCUCUAUCUUUAUCUUGGCUAUUUGUUUCUGUGGUUGACAUCCAUCUUCACAGACAGCCAUUAACCACUGUACACUUCACGGCGUCGUCACCACCGCCAACACCAACAUCAUCAGCACCUCCACCUCCACCUCCACCUCCACCAACCGACCCUCCGGGCUCUUUCGGUUAUAGGAUUUAGAGGAAACCAGCGUGCUCAUCAUCCGCUAGACCUCUCAGAAUCUUCCACGACACUGCAUCUGUCGCACCCAUCAUCCAGUGCCCUGUUAUUGCCAUUACAAUUGCAAUUCCAUCUGCACUGCACCCGCACAUCCAGCAACACCUGCGCCGCCUGCGCCUGCACCUACUGCACCUGCUGCACCUGCACUUACCCAGUUUCUGUGCUUCAUCCUCCCUCUCAACUCACACUUGAUCUUCCAACCAUCCAAAUCAUAUUGUCUCUCCCAUCACAAAUCUGAUUAUUAUUUCAUCAUCAUCUCGGUUAUCCUCGAUCCAUUUCGUCCCUCAUUUGAUUCCGCCCCCAAUCCAUCUAUAACAUCCACCGUCAGUCUGCGGUGACAGAGUCUCCUAUGAUGGCUGGCACGACAGACAACACUACCACCACCUCUACUGACAUGGAACCCUCCUCCAUCUCAUCAUCCACUCCUCCGACCCUUCAACAACCUGCUUCCCUCCCUCCUCUCGAAAUGUCAAGUCUUCCUUCCAGCUCACCUUUGAAUCCAAGCCAACCUCCUUUAACCCAAACCAACACCGUCACCACCACCACAUCAGUCCACUCCUCUGAACAUCCCCCGGGCCCUCAAAGGACAGACACUCAUACUGCCAUAGACCAAUCUCUGAAUCCUCAACCUCCUCCACCUGCUUCCCUUCCCACCGCUACUCGUACCUUUUCCACCGCCAUUGGCCCAUCCUCGGACUCCCCCGUUGUUCCUGCAAAAGACCCCCAAGUCUCGGGCCCUGUUUUACUUAUCACUUUGCUCUUAACCUCGGGAGCUCGACAUCCCUUUAAAUUAGACAGCAAGUACCUGGCCAAACGGAACGUUGAGUUGCCUGAGGGUGACCCUUUCAACUUGAGCGUUUAUAAACUCAAAGAGCUCAUUCUGCGCGAGUGGAGAGACGAGUGGGAAGCAAAGCCCAGUAGUCCCAAUUAUAUUAGGUUGAUCAGUUUUGGCAAGUUGUUGGAUGACAAGGCCGCGUUGAAGGAUUACAAGUUCAGCUUCGAUUCCCCCAACGUCCUACACAUGACCAUCAAGCCCCAAGAUUUUAUCGAAGAUGAGGAUGCCAAGGGUGCUAAAUCUUCCUUUGGCAAUCAACAAGAAACCGAAAGCCGAAGUCCAGGCUGUCGGUGUGUCAUCAUGUGAUGAACACCUUCAGUCUUGUCUUUUGAUCCACUCUUUUUACGUCGCCUUUUUCUGUUGGACCGGCGCCGUUGAAAAGUCGCCGAGGAACAGUAGCACGUUCCAUUCCAUUCCACUGUCUCGACACGUACGAGACUCCAUCUUGACCGGCGUGGCGUUGGCAGGCGAAUUCUUGACAUCUUCUCUUGGGAUUUUUGGCCUUUGGCUUGUUGGUGGUGACAUGGUGACAUGAUAAACCGGGUGUCUACGCAUGGAUUGCCAUUUGUUGAGCGUCAGUGUUUGAGCUCCUCACGGUGUAGAGGAGCCCAUUCCUUGAAAGAGGAGGGGGUUUAAGCCGCUGUCGAGUAUUGUAUUGUACAGACGUCUUGUUUAUGAAUCCGGUCCAGGAGUCUUUCUGCUCCAGGCUACGGAACGGGAUGUGGGCUUGAUCUGGCGGCACAAAGACGACAAGGACAUGGUUUGGGGUCAGAAUGGUCCGGGAGUAAGCAAGACCUACAUUGUUUUCUCUCCCACAAGAGCCCUCGGGAGUACAUAUUUUGGAACAUGAGAAUGACAUACAGGAUGUUUAUUAUUGAUAAGUUGGCUGUGGCUGUGGAUUGUAGAUGGCAGUAGGAGGUGUGCGAUCUUGUGUUCGGAGGUUGAGCAUGCACCAUGAUCGUGUCCUGUGAUAACCAUGAGUAGGUCACCUUCGACUCAUCCAUUAUCUCACUGGAUCCUAGAAGGUGGUUUCAUCAAUCUACGAUUACGGAUGGUACAU